AUGGCGGGGAUAGAGGCGGCCACCAGCGCAAACCACGUGAACGGCGCCGCGGUCACAAAGUUCACAAUCAACAACCCCUACGAAACAAAUCCUGAUCGUAUUCCCAGCGAUGACCCGUUUCUUUCCCAGAGCGCGCAAUAUGGCCGCUACACACCCCGCGCUGACGACUUCACCCCUCGCUUCAUGAACUGGUAUCGGUCCGACCCGGCCGUGAACUCAUUCUGGGAGAAGGUCGCGCAGCAAUACUGUACCCCGGAAAACUCACUCAAUAUUUCAGGACCGAGGGAGGCAUUUGCGGCUGGAAGUAUAAUUAUUUGGGUGGACCGCGAACUGGCCGAUGGAGCAGCGGCUGAGAGCUACUCAUCUGCGAAUGCGAAUGAACUAUCAGCCGCGCAGAAAGCAGAGGACUCGCUCAGAGAGAUCGGGGUUGCAGUGCCGGUUGUAUAUUUUUGCGGGACAAUUGAGGGGAGGAACGUGACAAUCGAGUCCCGCAUUGCGGGCGUCUCGCUAGAAGUUGCGUGGAGGUAUCUUGACGCGGAGCAGAUCGAGGUCUUCAAAAACCAGUGCCGCCAGAUCAUUCAACUACUCGGAACAAUCGAGUCCCCCAAAGACGAACCGUCCUAUAUGUGCCGUGAACUGAAUUUCCAAAUUCCGCCCUCCGUCGAGACUCGCGAACGAGAUAUCCUAUUCACAGAAAAAGGCAAGGAGGAGGAGCUCUCUUUGACACACAACAAUCUCACUCCAAGCAACGUCAUUGUCCAGGAUAAUCGGGUGGUGGGGAUUGCUGGCUGGCGACAAUGCGGAUAUUUUGGCACCGUCAGAGCUAAGAAGGUCCACCGACUCUUCAGGGAUCUUGGGCCUGCGUCUGAAGAGGGCAUGGCCAGUUCCGAGACGAGUGUUACUUGGACUGACCUAUAUAAUGGUGCCUACGACCCCAGCAAGGGAAUUCCGCUGGUCGCAAACCGAGAUACACCCCUGCCGUCCGUCAAAACCGAACCCACAAGCUCUACCCUCGAUAGAUUUCCAGCUAGCGAUGACUUGGACACAAAUUCACUAGGUCUCGAUGGUACAGUUGACUACGCAACGUCCAGAACAGUGGCGAACCUCAAGCACGGGCUGACAUCAAGAGCGUCGUCAUCCGACCGGUCCUCCCCAGCAAAUUCCAUCAAAGCAGCAAACAAAAAGCCUCCGACAAGCACUACCAAAAAGGCAACUGCAAAGAAACCAGCUGCCAAGAAGCGCAAGGUGAAUGACGCGGACGCAGACAGUGUUGAUGGGCGGCGUUCCAACACACCAGUCUCCCGGGCCAGCAAAACAGCCGCCAAGAAGCAAAAUUCUGUCUCGAUAGCAGGGUCACCACCUCCCGAGGAGAGGAGAAAGCCACAGAAGAAAAAGAAGAAAGGGCCCAAACCAGCUGCUGCCCAUGAAAAUGACGACUCCGACAGCUUUGACGAAAACGCAAUCUUUUGUAUUUGCCGCCGACCCGAUAACCAUACGUGGAUGAUCGGGUGUGAUGGCGACUGUGAUGACUGGUACCAUGGGAGAUGUGUCAACAUCGAUCCUCGAGAUGCUGAUCUGAUCGAACGGUACAUCUGCCCGAAGUGCGCAAGUGAAGGAAAGGGAUGCACAAUUUGGAAACCAAUGUGUCGCCUGGUCGAGUGCCGGAAACCGGCGCGCGUGAGGACGAAGCCCCCCAGCAAGUACUGCUGUGAUGAACACGGCCGAGAAUUCAUGCGUCAACAGACGCAGCAGCUUAAACAGCGUGCCGGUCAGGUAAAUGGUCUUUUUGAGGACCUGGGGAGCAUGGGUGGCAUUCUUACAGUCGGAGACCUGAAAGCUGCGAUUAUGGGGGUGACAUCCACACAAGAAUUCCGAAAGCUCGGAGAUCGCAUCGUAUCCCCACCACCACGGGCAGACGAGAAUGAAACUGCCGGGGCUGAAAUCCAAGCCGAAUCCAAGCCGCAGAGCGGCAGGUGGUUGGGAGUGGACGUCCAUGCCACCGGUUUGGAAUACUCGCCCGAUGAGAUUGCGAAGAUCGAAAAGCUGCGCACGCAGCGCAAGGAGCUCCUUCACCGCAAGGAGAUGCUUGCUGCACGCACGACAUUCGUCUCGCUUCUCAAGCCACGCGCCAAGGGCGUGGUAGAGAAACUGAAGCAGCACGAGCCGAAGGGCGGAUGGAAAGAUAUCUGUGGCUUUGACUCGCGACUCUCGUGGUCCGACGAGGAAUUCGAUGAAUGGCGCCUCUCUGGCGCUGGAAAGAAAGCUCUCGCGGAGGGAACAGCCGAAGCGUUGGCUAUGAGCUUCUCGGCGGGCACCGAUGCAGAUGGGGACACGGCGAUGAACGGCGACGGCGAUGACGAUAUUUCAUUCUGGACGCGUGGUGUUUGCACUAAGAAGCGGUGCGAGAGACAUAAGCAGUGGGUCAAAGUGCAGCAGCAGGAUAUCCUCUUCGAGGAGGAAACGGCAGAGCAGGACCUCGCCAAGUGUGAGAAGGAAGCUCGAUCUGUGGUGGAGCGAGGUGUGAUGAGACGAUGGGCCGAGAAGGAUAAUCAGGCUUGA